AUGGGGCUCAGCAUUGAACGCAGCGACGGAAUAUUGAUCGCUAUGGCAGAUGGCCGAGUGGACGGCGCCAAUGCCCAGGAGUUUCAGGGAGAUCUGACAGAUGCGAUCGACCCUACAGAUCGCGCUGUGGUUCUGGACCUUGGUGAGAUCACAUACAUCAGCAGCGCCGGACUCCGCGUCAUUCUGCUGAUGGCCAGAGCACUCAAGAGACAGGAUGCAGAACUAGCUGUUUGCUCGCUCUCGGCACCGAUCCGCGAGGUGUUCGAAAUCAGCGGAUUUGACAAGAUCAUACCGGUCCGUGAUUCUCGCCCCGACGCAAUCGCCAGCUUCAAAACUUAG